CCCACCAGAAAAAGACUGCGCACAGGUGCGGCAGGGGUGAAAACCCGAUCGAUGUGGCUACCGCACUGCUUCGCCUGCCCUCCUGCCCGUGCUCCUCCGCCGGGUGUACGCGUCUUCGCCGCCGCACUGUGAGCGUUUCCGUGUCCUCGCCUUCCACGCGUCCGGCGAGCCCCUCCCGGCGUUCCUGGCAGCGGCGGCAACCACGCCGAAGCUCCCAACGAGCCGAAAUCGUCGUGGGCGUCACCGCGUAGGCUUUGUCUUACACGUCGACGUCUCAUUCCUCGGCGUUGUCCCUUCAUUGCACUGAAUCUUCGUUGUAAUUGUUCCACCCACGUUGUUCCCCAGUCUCUCUCUUGUGGGAUUAUUUGUCCCAUGCCGCAGGUUAUCCCGUCUCUCUGCAUAGGAGGUAGGUACGACGUGGUGUAUUCAAGAUUUCCCUUUGCAAGUAGACAACAUAUAGCCCCCAGAUAAUUGUGGCAGAAUACAAAAUUCAGAUAUGAGAUUUUUCUGGUGAAUACAAAAGUUUUUCUUCAUGGUACAUGCAGCUGGGUCACACACGAAAAAAAAAAUUAAGGGAGUCUAAUCUAUCCAUUUUCCUUUGGAGUCAGAUUGUAUUCAGAAACAGUGGUGAACACCAAGAUGGGCACAUGUUAGUUAAGUAGAAAAUUUACUUCCAGUUAUGUACUUCUUUUGUUCCAUCAGUGUGUUUGUUGUCGCAGGGAACAGAAAAAGUGAAUCAUGAUUUGUUUCUCAUAGUACUGCAGAAACUGCCAGGUAUGGGGCUAUCAAUUAAGCUGAACGAUGCCGCAGUAUUGCCUAUUUCUUAUUUCACUCCAUCCUUUCAUCCUGGAGAUGUUCUACAUUAUCUCAUGAGUAAUGAUCGACCUAAUCUCAUCUUGGAUAUGUGAGCAUCGACGUGCAUAGCAAGGUGUUCUUCCUCUGUAAUUUACCACACUGCCUACCUGCACUUGCUAAUUGGUUUAUUUUGCAGGAUAGGAAAGAUUUCGUAACAUUGUUUUUUUAUGUCAAAGAUCUGCAUGUAGUAUUUUGUUCUCAUGUACUAUUCAUCACCCUUUCUCCAGUUGUUGUUUACCGCAUUUGUAGUAGAUCUAAGGAGCUAGCACAUCAUUUCAGUUAUACAAUUUAUAUGGACGAAGAUGAACUUUCCUGUUAAUUGUUUCAGAGUCACAUUGCAUGCCCAAUUUGUGUCAUCCAUUCCUUUGAUGAAAUAACGUACUAAGGUGUCCUUCUUCACUGAUUAGGUCACCUUCCUAAGGACGAGAUCCUCUGACGUACUAGUCAAAUACUGCAGAGGGACGUAAGUUAAAUCGGUUCGUUCGUGGUCCAUCGGACGGCAGCACAUCAGAUCCCCUGGAAACGCACUGAUGGGUUGGCCCAAAGCCCAGUCCAAGGACCAAGAGGGAAAAGAAGAGCGCUGUCUCAGAAAAAGGCGCCAGAGGACAGGGUGUUAGACAAGUACGGCAGGAGAGAAAGAGAUUUCCCGCUAGGACCUGGAGGAGCUCACGUGCUGAUCUGCUUCGUCAUUCCCAGGACCUGGAGCUCAAGCGCUGCUCUACUUUGGUUUGAUCAACUCCCCUAUUUCUCAUGGAAGUAAAUGGUUGAAUUUGAUCAAUUUCUCUAUUUGUCCAUGGAAGAAGAAACUAUGAAAGAAACAGAGGUGGCAGAGGAGAUUAACAGAUCAAGCAAUGAUCCUAAUUUAAAUAGAGUUGUACUGCCAGGUUUGGUACCUCAUGUUGGCAUGGAAUUUACAAAUUCAGAUGAAGCUUGGGCAUGUUGUCUGAGCUAUAGUGGGCAGCAAGGCUUUGAGGUCAGAAAAAGGUAUACAAACAAAAGAGCAUCUGAUGGGAAAGUUACAUCAUGUAAAUUUGUUUGUGCAAAUGAGGGUCAUCGAUCACAAGACAAAAGAGACCAUUUAACAAAGUUGCCUCGAGCUGAAACUAGAACCGAUUGCCAAGUGCACAUGAGUGUUAAUAUGGACCGGAAAAAGGAAAAUCUCAAAGUGACUAAGCUGAUUUUGGAACACAAUCACACACUGCACCUGCCAGAAACUUUACAUUUAAUGGUGUCACAGAGGAAAAUUUCAGAGUUACAAGCUUUUGAAAUUGAAAUGGCAGAUGAUGCAGGUAUUGGGCCAAAAAAGCCUCACAUGAGUUUGCAAGUCGUCAAGUUGGUGGAGGACUCAAUCUUAGCUAUACCCUCCGUGAUCACAAGAAUUAUUUGCGGACGAAGCGCCAACGAGAAAUGGCAUAUGGCCAAGCAGGUAGCAUGCUUAAGUAUUUUCAAGACAAGAUUGCUGAAAACCCAUCAUUCCAAUAUGCAUUGCAAAUGGAUUGUGAAGAACAAAUAGCAAACAUAUUUUGGGCAGAUGCUAAAAUGAUCAUGGACUAUGCACAUUUUGGCGAUGUGGUUAGUUUUGACACUACUUUUGGAACAAACAAAGAGAGUAGGCCCUUCGGUGUUUUUGUCGGAUUCAAUCACUUUAGAGAAACUGUAGUUUUUGGUGCUCCUCUCAUGUAUGAUGAGACCUUUGCAUCUUUCAAGUGGUUGUUUGAGGCCUUUCUAAAUGCUCAUAAAGGAAAGGUACCUAAAACAUUAUAUACAGAUCAAGAUGCCGCAAUGGGAAAGGCAGUUGGAGAAGUGUUUGCAGAAGCAUGUCAUGGAUUAUGCACCUUUCACAUUAUGCAAAAUGCUGUCAAGCAUCUACAUGAAGAGAAGGAUGAAGAUCAGAAAAAGGAAAAGAAGAAAAAAGAGAAGAAGAAAGAAAAAAAUGAAGAGAAGAAAAGAGAGGAGAAUGAAGAAACUAUUAUUAUGGCAGAUUUUAGUGCGUGCAUGUUUGAGUAUGAAGACAAGGCAGAAUUUGAACAAAAGUUUGACCUCAUGAGGAAAAAGGUGAGCAAGCAAACUUGGUUGGAUAGCAUAUAUAAGUUCAAAGAAAAAUGGGCUGAAUGUUAUAUGAAGGAUGUCUUCACACUAGGAAUGAGAAGUACACAAUUGAGUGAGAGUCUGAACAAUGAUUUGAAAAUCCAUUUCAAAUCUGAUUUCGAUAUCAUCCGUUUCUUUAAGCAUUUUGAAAGGGUGGUGCAAGGAAAAAGGAAUAACGAACUGAAUUCAGAAUUUGACUCAAGGAAAAAGUUGCCAAAAUUAUUUAUGAGGAGACCACCACCUAUGUUGGUGCAAGCUAGCAACGUAUAUACACCUGGUAUAUUCGAAGCUUUCCAAGGUGAAUAUGAAAGAUUCUUAUCAGCUUGCACCAAGCAAUUGGAUGGCUGUAAUGAAUAUAUUGUAGGAGAUUUUACCAUCGAAGAGGAGUAUAAAGUUACCGGUGAUCCUUUGAGACAAAUAGUUGUGUGCAGCUGCCAGCAAUAUGAGAGAAUUGGGAUAUUGUGUGGCCAUGCUCUUAAAGUUCUUGAUUUAAUGAACAUCAAGUCAUUGCCAUCACAUUAUGUGUUAAAGCGAUGGACACGAGAAGCACGAAGUGGAGCUGUACAAGACAAGGAGGGAAGAAAUAUAAUUGAAAACCCAUAUAUGGAUGCCAUGCUUAGCUACAGAUAUAUGUCCCACAAAUUUCAUAAUUUGGCGGAUCGAGCAUCCAACUUCCCAGAAUGUGUUGUUUUGGUGGAUAGGACACUUGACAUCCUUGGUAAGCAAAUUCAAGAAAAACUCAAUGCAUGCACAAGCACUCCUCGGUAUCCAUCUACGAUUCCCACAGAUGCUAGCCCACCAGAUGACUUGUUGACUAACUCCAGAAUGUGUUGUUUUGGUGGAUAGCACACUUGACAUCCUUGGUAAGCAAAUUCAAGAAAAACUCAAUGCAUGCACAAGCACUCCUCGGUAUCCAUCUACGAUUCCCACAGAUGCUAGCCCACCAGAUGACUUGUUGACUAACACGCGCCUAAAGAAAAAGGAGGUUGAAACAAAAACUUCAAAACGAAAAAGAACUUGGCUCGAUAAAAAGCACAAGUUCAGAAAAAAGAGGGAAAAUAUAGAAGAGGUUGGGGAAGAGGCAGGUAGUGGCAGUGCACCAGCACAAUCACAAGCAGAUGCACAAGUACAAGUUGCAAAUGAUGGUGUUUAUAGUGGCAAAGGGAAAGAAUCUGAAGUCUACGAGACCAAUCUUAGCUUCACUCAAUUAUUGACGGGACCAAUCACAGAUGAAGCUUUUAUAGGGCUGUGGUGAAAUAUUUCUGUUUUCGACAAUCAUGUGCUCCGAUUUACUUCAGUUCAGUUACGGGCAAUGUUCAAUUCAGUUAGCAUCAACAAUUGCCAUUUUGUGCAAGAGUACUGUCGUAGUUAUUUUCAGUCAUAACAUCUAAUCACAACUACGUCUCAAUCUUUCUUGCAAUUCCAAAUUCAGUUUAACAGCGAGGAUGCUUCCUGCACUUUGCGUCUCCAAAUUCAAUUAACAACAGGAUAGCAGCAGUGCACAGGUCAAAUGCGACCAGGACGGGCUCCUGCGCUCCUGCUCCUUCUCUUCGAGAACGCGACCAGCGUGUGUGUCCGGGCAGCGGUCGAGCGCGGCGACGAGGACGAUACGGCCGGGAGGACCAGCGUGAGCCUAGGCAACGGCCGGCGACGAGGACGGCCUCCAGCUCGCGUUCGCCAUCAACGCCACCAUCCUCCUCUACAAUAUGAGCCGAACUAUAGACCCCUGCAGCAAGCCGCACUUCACCUGGGCCACCAGCGUCGCGCCGCGCCGCCACGGUGGAAGCAGAGACGGCCGGGAGGAGGGGGCGCCGCCGCCGCUGGUCUUCCUUUUGUCAGCUGCAGUGCGCCGAUUUCUGUUUCCCCUUCGUUGAGCUCGGCUUUGGGCCGACUCGUGUUGAGUUUCAAAGGGAUUUGAUGUGCUGCCGUCCGAUGGACCAUGAACGAACGGAUUUAAGUUACGUCCCUCUGCAGUAUUGACUAGUACGUCAGAGGAUCUCGUUCCCUUCCGGUAAGAUAGUUGUACUAAAUUUUUAUUGGUGACACCAAGAGCUGGUGAAACAAUUGAAGCAAAACCAUAGGCUUUGUUUGCUGGUGUUAAUUUUUGAACCAUAUAAGUGAUAUACUCAAUUAUCUAAAUGAAAGGACUGUUUAGUCA